AUGUCUCUUUCUACUACCAUCAAGACCCCUCAUCUCUCCUACGAGCAGCCUCUUGGCUUGUUCAUCAACAACGAGUUUGUUAAGGGUGUCGACGGCAAGACCUUCGAGACCGUCAACCCCACCGACGAGAAGGUCAUUACCUCCGUCCACGAAGCCACCGAGAAGGAUGUCGACAUUGCCGUCAAGGCUGCCCGCGAGGCCUUCGAGGGCGCCUGGAAGCAGGUGAUCCCCUCUGACCGUGGCCGUAUGCUCACCAAGCUCGCCGACCUCUUCGAGCGUGACAUGGACACCAUUGCCGCCAUUGAGGCCCUCGACAACGGAAAGGCCGUCACCAUGGCCAAGGUCGACAUCGCCAACGCUGCCGGCUGCCUGCGCUACUACGGUGGCUGGGCCGAUAAGAUCACUGGCCAGACCAUUGACACCAACCCCGAGACUCUCUCCUACACCCGCCACGAGCCCGUCGGUGUUUGCGGUCAGAUCAUCCCCUGGAACUUCCCCAUCCUCAUGUGGGCCUGGAAGAUCGGUCCUGCCGUUGCCGCCGGUAACACCGUCAUCAUCAAGACCGCCGAGCAGACCCCUCUCUCCGGUCUCUACGCCGCUAAGCUUAUCGUCGAGGCUGGCUUCCCUCCCGGUGUCGUUAACGUCAUCUCCGGUUUCGGUCGCACCGCCGGUGCCGCCAUCUCCAGCCACAUGGACAUCGACAAGGUCGCCUUCACUGGUUCUACCCUCAUUGGUCGCAUGAUCCUGCAGGCCGCUGCCAAGUCUAACCUGAAGAAGGUUACCCUUGAGCUCGGUGGCAAGUCCCCCAACAUUGUCUUCGAGGACGCCGAUAUCGACAACGCUAUCUCCUGGGCCAACUUCGGUCUCUUCUUCAACCACGGCCAGUGCUGCUGCGCCGGUUCUCGCCUGCUGGUUCAGGAGAGCAUCCACGACAAGUUCGUCGCCCGUUUCAAGGAGCGUGCUGCCCAGAACAAGCUCGGCAACCCCUUCGAGGGCGACACCUUCCAGGGUCCCCAGGUUUCCCAGCUCCAGUUCGACCGUAUCAUGGAAUACAUUAACCACGGAAAGAAGGAGGGUGCCACCGUCGCUCUCGGUGGUGAGCGCCACGGUGACCAGGGUUACUUCAUCCAGCCCACCGUCUUCACCGAUGUCACUCCCGACAUGAAGAUCGCCCAGGAGGAGAUCUUCGGUCCCGUCAUCGCUGUCACCAAGUUCAAGGAUGAGGCUGAUGCCAUCCGCAUCGGUAACAGCACCAACUACGGUCUCGCUGCCGGUAUCCACACCAAGAACAUCAACACUGCCAUCCGUGUUUCCAACGCCAUCAAGGCCGGUACCGUUUGGGUUAACAGCUACAACAUGAUCUCCUACCAGGCUCCCUUCGGUGGCUUCAAGGAGUCCGGUCUUGGCCGUGAGCUCGGCUCUUACGCCCUGGAGAACUACACCCAGGUCAAGACCGUUCACUACCGUCUUGGCGAUGCUUUGUUCUAA